AUGUACAGAACCUGUCCGUCAAACUUUUUUAUUUUUGGCUGUAGCAUCUGCUCAGGAUGUCAGAGUACAAAUUUAGAAAGAUGUAUAUAUAGCCAGCAUGUCAUCUUUUCACCAACAGAUUUGCUUUAAAUUUCUCACGCAAAGCUUUUACUGGAGGAUCUUUCCAUAAAAAAUAAAUACAGGAUGUCAAACUUGGCACAAUUUGACUCUGAUUUUUACCAAUCUAAUUUUACUAUUGAUAACCAGGAGCACAGUGGUGAUGACUCUAAUGCCUAUGGAAAUCUUUAUGGAUCUAGAAAACAACAAGCUGGUGAGCAGCCUCAGCCUGCCUCUUUUGUUCCAUCAGAGAUGCUCAUGCCACCAGGUUACGCAGGACAAUUUUUUCAGCCAGCAUCCAACUCAGAUUAUUAUUCACAAUCUCCUUACCUUGACAGUUUUGAUGAAGAGCCUCCUUUGCUAGAAGAUAAGUUAAGGAAGUAACUUGGAAUCCAUUUUGAUCACGUAUGGCAAAAAACUUGGACAGUGUUAAACCCAAUGAAGGCAGCAGAUGGCAGUAUUAUGAAUGAAACGGACCUCACUGGACCCAUUCUUUUUUGCCUAGCCCUGGGAGCCACCUUGCUUCUGGCAGGAAAAGUUCAAUUUGGUUAUGUGUAUGGCAUGAGUGCCAUUGGCUGCCUUGUGAUUCAUGCCUUACUGAACCUGAUGAGCUCUUCAGGAGUGUCAUACGGCUGUGUGGCCAGCGUGCUGGGUUACUGCCUGCUCCCCCUGGUCAUCCUGUCUGGCUGCGCCAUGUUCUUUUCAUUGCAGGGCACCUUUGGAACCGUAUCAUCCCUGAUCAUCAUUGGCUGGUGCAGUCUCUCAGCUUCCAAGAUCUUCAUUGCAGCCUUGCACAUGGAAGGACAGCAGCUUCUUGUUGCCUACCCUUGUGCCUUACUUUAUGGACUUUUUGCCCUCCUAACAAUUUUCUAA